AUGAUCAUCGCAAGGCCGAUACUCGGUUUCCUAUCCCUCAUUCUCAUAGCUGGUGCUUGCCUGCUCCUUCUCUUAACCCUCCUGGGAGGCGCAAUCGACCACAACCCAACCAAUCGUUACUACUUCUUGCAAGCCGACACCUCGGGCAUUGCUGGUGCUGCUGAUCAGACUCGAUGGACCUUAUGGAACGCCUGCUCAGUCCUUAAUGGGAAGAACUCGUGCCCCAAAGUACAUGCUGCCUAUCCGUUCAACCCACCCGGCAACUUCAAGGGUUCGGAAGACGGCAUACCACCACAGUUUGUUGGAACACAUUACUACUAUUACAUGACGCGAUUCAUGUUCUCAUUCAUCCUUAUCGCCCUUUUCUUCGCCGUUGUCGCGUUGUUCCUCGGUCUCCUUGCAUUAUGCACCAAGUUCGGUAGCUACCUCGACAGCGCAAUCGUGUCCGUCGCCUUGUUCUUCCAGUCGAUAGCUGCAGCACUCAUGACGACGGCAUUUGUCAAGGGACGAAAUCUCUUCAGAUCGAACAACCGAACCGCCUCUUUGGGCAAAUACAACUUUGGCUUUAUGUGGGCAGCGGCAGCAUGUCUCUUCCUUGCUACUGUCUUCUUCCUCUGCGCCGGCGGUGCAGCUGGAGGUAGCUCAUCCAGUAGUGGAGGCAGCCGCUUCGGGAAAAAGAAGAGCUCAAAGAGGGCGAACAAGAACAGAGGCAGCUUUCUAGACAGGAGCAGCUUUGAGACUAAGAUGCUCACUCGACGACUCGUACCCUCAUCCAACACCCUCUCCUCCUCCAUCCGCGCCCUCUCUACCACCCCUUCAUACCAGCGCACCCCCGCCCUUGCCGACGUCACGCCCAACAACGCCCCAGCAUUUGACAAAAGACAAACAGAAUUCCGCGAGCAGUCCCGGAGAGCAGCGAAGCAGAAACAGGAACAAGAUAGUCAGUCUGUCACGAGCUCCGCUUCCAACGCUCAGCAAAGUCUGAGCAAUGGCAGGGGCAGCGCGACUUCCCCUUCCUCUUCUUCGUAUUCUAGUCCAUUGAAUGCAGAGACUUUGGGCUCACUGUCCACUCACGCAACAGGAAAGGAACGCGACUCGUCGUAUCAGCAAGAAUCCUCCAAGCGGCAGUCUUCCCUCAGUAAUCUCAUUUAUGGCACCCAAGAAGGGCAGCAGAUGGAUCAGGAUAUCGAGAAGAGCUUCAGUCAGGUAUUAGCGAGGGGAAAAUAUGUACACAGCAUUGUGUUCCACAGCGUAAAGCCAGACAAAGUGGACGAAUAUGUGGACUUAGUCGGGAAAUGGUACCCGAAGAUGGCGGGGAUCGAGAACAACCACGUCAAUCUUGUAGGCAGCUGGAGAACAGAAGUGGGCGAUUGUGAUACAUUCGGUACAGAAAGUAACUUCUGUAAGGAAUAA